UUCAGGGACUCGUUUGGGCCCGUCCGUUUCCGCUCCAUUCCCUUGGAAAACAAAGGCUCCGUCGCCAGAGACCACUUGGCCAAUGAGAGAACGUUCCUCGCCUGGCUCCGCACCUCGCUUUCCUUCAUCACAAUCGGAAUUGGCGUGACUCAGCUCUUCCGCUUGGAAACCAGAGAAUCUCCAGACAAACUGUCCCACCACAGCGAAAUCAACAAGUACGGCAAGCCGUUGGGAGGCACGUUCAUUGCCCUCGGCAUUGCCACUCUAGUGUUGGGAUUCGUGCGGUUCUUCCAGGUCCAGCACCUCCUCACCAAGAACUACUUCCCAGCGUCACGGUUGCUGGUGAUCGUGUUGAUCGCCGUGGUUUUUGCGGUGGUGGUGGCGACGUUUGCGUUGGUGCUACGCUCGACCUAG